UAUUUCCUUAAUGAGAAGUUUGAUAGUCACACGAGGCAUGUUGAAGACUACAUAUUUCAAAUGUAAUGGAAUAUUUUAAACCACGAAUUUUAAAAAUCUUCCUUACUUGAUUAAAUUUAGUGCUAAGUUAAACUUCGACAAGACGAACAAAGUGAAAGAAAGGGAGUAAUUAAAGUAUAUAUGUUUCAUGAAAUGGAACUAUAAAACAACAUAUUAUCCCUUUUAGCUAUAAAAUCCCUCUCUUUCAACCAAAGUAAAGUAAUAAAUGCCUUCCUUUUGAUCAAAGGCAAAUAAUGAUACUUAGGUUUCUAUUGUAGAUAUUCAUGAAGAAGAGUCUAAUAUAAUUAACUUUUUCUAUAUAAGGGUUUUGCAAGCAGGGUAAAUGAAGUCGGAGCUAGCAAGACAACCGAGGUUAGAUAGCUCUGACGGGAGGAAAAGGAAGGUUGAGGUCAUCGAGUCAUACAUAGGAUGAUGGAUUUGGAUGAAGAUGAUACAAGAAGAGUCAAAGAGAUUAUGAAGGCAGCUCAAAUACAUCUAGUUGUAGCUACACUACUAGUAACAGUCACCUUUGCAGCCGGUUUCACACUACCAGGAGGUUAUGAGAAUGAUCACGAUAGCCCUCAUAAAGGGAUGGCGAUUCUAGUGAAGAAACCAGCAUUUUGUGCAUUCGUGGUCACAGAUGCCAUUGCCUUUGUAGGCUCCGCGGGGGCUGUGUUUAGCUACUUUGUCAUGGCAGCUAAUCAUCGCCCCAAGACCAAAGAAGAGCUGAGAGUUCUGAAGAACAUUUACAGAGUUGCAACAAUUUUACAGUUCUUAGCAAUGUCAGCUGUUGUUAUUGCAUUUGUAACUGGUUUGUAUGCUACAUUGUCACAUUCAGUUAGUCUAGCUACUUCUGUUUGUGCCAUUGGUUGCCUUUCUUUCAUUAUUUAUGUGUUGGUUCUUCUUCUUAUUUACAAAGGAUUGACUGGAGAAACAACAAAUCAGUAGUGGCGGGGUCAGAGAUUUUACUAAUAAGACGAGAAUUGUGUCUUGUUUGUCUGUUUACUUCUUUAUAUUUUCAAUCACCCUAGUGAAAAUCCUGGAUCUGUCACCAUCUUGUAUUGUUUGACAUAUUUUAUGUGUUAGCUUUGUAGAUAACAAAACUUUUAUGGCAAAAUUAUUAUGAAUUCUUA